CAGACACACGUCGAGAUUCGAGAAUAAAUGCCUACAACUGUCAUGGCGGAUUUAUUUGCCAAAGUUAGCUGUACUUAUUGCCAAGAAGAAAUCAACAGCGUCCGAAUACAAUGCUGCGUAUGUCCUGAUUUUGAAAUCUGCCUUCAGUGUUUCUCUGCUGGAGCAGAAAUUGGCCCCCACCGUAAUGACCACUCCUACAAAUUUGUCGACCACUGCGCAGUGAGCAUCUUCGGGGGUAAGGGUGCUUGGACUGGCAAAGAACAGCUGCAGCUAUUGGACGCCGUAGAGUUGUACGGAUUUGGAAAUUGGGAACUCGUUAGCCAACACGUCGAAACUAGGACACCUGAAGAGGUUAAAGAAGAGUAUAUAGCACGCUAUUUAGAAGGAAAUAUAGGAACCGCGACUUGGGCGCAGCUUGCGAAUCAUAGGCAAGUGUUGGUAGAUCACGUGCCUGAAGACGAAGGUCCUCUGUCACCUACUGUUACAGCGAGAUUGCCACCGCUUGAUGUUACUCUAGAGGAGGCCCGGUUGCUUGGUUACAAACCCCACAGGGAUGAUUAUGAGAGGGUGAGCAAUAUCUUGAUGAUUCCUUUUCAAAUAAUAUACCAGCUGCACACGUCAAAAUUUGUCCAUCGGUUACAUACAAAUCGAUUGCGUGAGAGGGCCAGAAGGAAAAGGAUUGUCAGAGAUUAUCAACUGGUAGCUAAAUAUUUUGCCAACAGAAAGGAACUGCAUCAAAAACAGACGCUUUCAAAGGAGCAGAGGGACCUUCGAGAGAAAAUGAGAGUUUUUGCCCAGUAUCUCUCAUCAGGAGAGCACGAGAGACUGAUUGCUAGCAUCGAGCGGGAGAGAGAAUUGCGCCAUAGGCUUUCAGAACUGCUCAAGUACCGCGGUCUCGGCUUGACUACCCAGGAGGAAAUUAUCCAUUAUGAGCAGCACGCUGCCUACGAGAGGCAGCAGCAGAUGAGGCAGAAUAAAUCUGGCAGCAGUGGCUAUGCAACGCUGGAGUUUCCCCAAAAAAACGAAAAAAACGAAAGAGCCGACAAAAGUUUCACCGAAGAAAGGUUCACGUGGCCUCCUCCAAGCGACGGAUGCGACACCAGCAACUGCUUCUCCAGCAACAACUCGAACUCGGAUAGUGCACCGCUCGAACCGGUGCCUUUGAAGCAUUUCCCAUCGGGAAAUUUGCUGUCUGAAAACGAAAUACAACUUUGUGCAAAUUUGAACAUUCAGCCCAUCCACUAUAACACCUUGAAGGCAUUAAUCAUCCAGGAAAACCUGCUAUCUCCCGGGAAACACCGGACAUCCUCCUCCGAAUCCGACACACCGGAUACGAACAUCAAAGAAGCAAUCACCCAAUAUUUGAGCUACAGCGGUUGGUUACCAGGUGUUUCGGUUGUUUGAUGUUUGGAAAGUGACUUUCUGUGUGAAUUGUUACCGUCAGUGUAAAUCCUUGGCGGUACUGUCAGAAUUUGGUAAUGAGAUAUUUUCAAGAUGUUUUUGGCUAAAAUGGUUUUAAUUACGGGUCAGCCUUUUGAGGCUUAAUCAGUUGAUUGGGAGAUAUGGAGUCUCAAGAGAUGUGUAUUUACAAUUUUUAGCGCGUCGAAUGAUUUGGAUAUUAAACUUUUUUGGAGACUUUUUCUUCUAACGCUGAUGGGUAAAAAAUUAUGUAACUGCUGCUUAUGGGUGGAGAGUAAUUUAUGGUGAAAUAUGGUGCUGUUCAAUUGAAAUUAUUAGGAUAUGUAUUGAUUAUUGUUGGAAUAGUGGGGGUUGGAAUGUUCCGAAUGUAAUGUUUUGUUUCGGAUUUCAGGCUAUUGUGUCACUUGUGAUUUGAUACCACUGUGUAUUUAUAUUUAAAAAAUACCAUUAUAUAUAGACUGUUGUAAAUAAAUAUUUAGAAUUGUAAAUAAAGAUCA